UCUUUGACGUUAAACUGAGACGUCGGGCGACAUUUUCAGCACAGCAUCAUUAGUGCUGACGUGGGAGCUACGUGAGCGAAGGCAAGGCACGCAGGCUGUCCACCCAUAUAUACUGUCAUUAGUGACGAAUCAGACUACGUAAAAACUUCGGCCACCAUGGAUAUGUCAGUGUCGCCUCAGCUGGAGAGCAGUUUAAAUGACACAGUGACAGAUGGAGAAGAGAAUCACAGUGAAGCUGGUUCGUCUCCUGCAUCCUCCACUCAGGUUUUAAUAGGAGAAGAUUCAGCUGUGACUGUUGUUCAGCUGUCAGACGGCCAAACCGCGCAGGUCCAAGGAGUCAUCCAAGCCCCUCAGAACUCUGUGAUUCAGGCGCCACAGGUCCAGACCGCUCAGAUCGCUACGGUGGCUGAGCUGGAGGAUGACGAGUCCGCUUCAAACACGCAGAAGAGACGGGAGAUUCUCUCCAGGCGUCCGUCUUAUCGAAAAAUUCUAAACGAGCUUUCGUCAGAUUCACCGGCUGUUCCUAAAAUUGAGGAAGAAAAAGGAGAAGAUGAGGCACCAGUUUCCAGCAGCCCCUCAGCAUCACUGCCAAACUCCAUCUACCAGACCAGCUCAGGACAAUUCAUUGCCAUCACUCAGGGAAGAGCCAUCCCUCUGACCAGUCCUGCAGUUGAAGCCCUCCAGGGGGCCCAGACCCUAACAGUAACCGGUUCCCCCACCCCACAACCAGGAGCUGCUGUCCUGCAGGCUGCAGAGACCCCACACCAGUUCUACCUCCAGGGAGGACAGGUUCUCAUCCAAGCCGCCACCGGAGACAUCCCCGCAUACCAGCUGAGGUCGCCCAACUCGGGCCUGGCUCAGAGCAUCGUGAUGGCGGCGUCUCCGAGCAGCAUGCAGAGCCCCUCGUCACAACACGCCGAAGAGGUCACCCGCAAGAGGGAGGUCAGGCUGAUGAAGAACAGGGAGGCAGCGCGGGAAUGUCGCAGGAAAAAGAAAGAAUACGUCAAAUGUCUGGAAAACCGCGUGGCCGUGUUGGAAAACCAAAACAAGACGCUGAUUGAAGAGCUGAAAGCACUGAAGGACAUUUACUGCCACAAAAGCGAGUAACAGCGCUACUUGUGGCCGCUGCCUGAAGACAGUUUAUAGACUAUGAUGUCAUAUCAACGACAAAAAGACUCCAGAACAAAAACUGCUUUAAACGUCGUCGUCUGUUUGCUCGCUCAGGCCGGAUUUACGCCAAAUAACGUGUCGUGGAGCGUUCAGACAGCUUGCUCUUGUUCCUAUCUUGUGCUCUUUGCAUGUGAAGUGAUGUACACACGCCUGCUGUUGCUGUCGUGCACGGAGUCCAGCCAGCCAAUCAGAGCCAUUCGAGGAAGAGGAACAGGAAGAAGGGACGCAGGUGCUUCCUGGAAACUCAGCGCUCCUCCAGAGAGGAUUACAGAGCCGUAGGAAGAGGGUCAUCCAGGUCAGAUCCACCACCAGCUGCAAAUCUACGUGUGUUCACCUGAUGAUGAUGUAAUCGUGGCUUCUGUUUUCUGUUGUUGCAUUCCCAUGAAGUAAAGCACAAAUAAGGAGAAACAUCAAGAA